GGGCGCCCUGCCCAGUGGAGAGAGCUGAGGCGGGAAGGCUCCAGGGGGCGGCUCCAGGCGGCAGACUCUGUACCCUCAGGACUAACCUGGGCACCUGGUGAGGGCGCGGAGGGGGACGUCAGGGAUCCCAACCAGGUCUGACUUCCUCCCUGGGCGACCGGGCGCCCAGGUUCUGGACGCCGGCCAGGGAGGCGGCACCGCGCGGGUCCUUGGCGCUUCCUGCGCGCGGGGGACGCGGAGGAGGAGCGCGGAGGAGCAUGCGGCGCGGGGACAGCGCACCGGGAGGGCUCGCAGGUGGCGACAUGGAGGACGGCGGCGUGCUCAAGGAGGGCUUCCUCGUCAAGAGGGAAAGCUGUUAGCUGUCAUCUCACACAUGGGCUCUAAGUGUGGGACAGAGUGGAGAGAGCAAAAGUGUCAAGUUCAGCCUGACUGCCUGAGUGCUCUCGUGUGAACAGCUUGGUCAGCAGGCAGCGUGGGAACACUUGGGCGCAGUAAGGAGCUCCUGUCAGACAUCCCCCCAUCCUCUGGUCUGUUCUAGAAACAGGCUCUCUGCCUUCAUUGGACUGUGCUGUCCAUGGGCUCUAUGGUCCUUCUGAGAGCUCCCAAACUACCCUGCCUUGUAGGCCUGGCGCGGCAGGGUCACAUUGUCCACAACUGGAAGGCGCGAUGGUUCGUCCUUCGGCAGAACACGCUGCUGUACUAUAAGCUCGAGGGGGGUCGGAAGGUGAACCCUCCCAAGGGUCAGAUCCUCCUGGAUGGCUGCACCAUCACCUGCCCCUGCCUGGAGUAUGAAAAUCGACCGCUCCUCAUUAAGCUGAAGACUCGCACGUCCACAGAAUACUUCCUGGAGGCCUGCUCCCGGGAGGACAGGGACGCCUGGGCCUUUGAGAUCACAGGGGCGAUUCACGCUGGGCAGCCGGGGAAGGUCCAGCAGCUCCACAUACAGAGAAACUCCUUCAAGCUGCCCCCUCACAUCAGCCUGCAUCGCAUCGUGGACAAGAUGCACGACAGCGGGAGUGGAAUCCGGCCAAGCCCCAACCUGGAGCAGGGAAGCACCUACAAAAAGACCUUCAAUGGCUCCUCCCUGGUGGACUGGCUCAUCUCCAACGGCUUUGCAGCCAACCGUCUGGAGGCCGUGACCCUGGCCUCCAUGCUCCUGGAGGAGAACUUCCUGAAUCCAGUCGGCGCCCGGAGCAUGGGAGCCGUGCGCUCUGGGGACCUGGCCGAGCAGUUCCUGGAUGACUCCACGGCCCUGUACACCUUUGCUGAGAGCUACAAGACGAAGAUAAGUCUCAGGGAAGACAUUAAUCCGAGCACCAUGGAGUUGAGUGGCACGGUGAUAAAGCAAGGCUAUCUGGCCAAGCAGGGCCACAAGAGGAAGAACUGGAAGGUGCGGCGCUUUGUUCUGAGGAAGGAGCCGGCUUUCCUGCAUUACUACGACCCUUCCAAAGAAGAGAACCGGCCAGUGGGUGGGUUUUCCCUUCGUGGUUCACUCGUGUCCGCUCUGGAGGACAAUGGCGUUCCCACCGGCGUUAAAGGGAACGUCCAGGGAAAUCUCUUCAAAGUGAUUACUAAGGACGACACACACUAUUACAUCCAGGCCAGCAGCAAGGCUGAGCGGGCCGAGUGGAUCGAAGCUAUCAAAAAGCUAACGUGACGGGGACCUGAGAGACCAGGACCAGGAUUCCUCCCACCUACCCGAUGACACCGACAGGGGUUCCCAGAAAAUGAGUGUUAAUGUAACUUUAUUUUGUACUGUUUUGGAGUGAGUCUACUGAAGAGUUUCCUAGAUUACAAUGGGCAACGGUGCUAUUUCCUUCCCCACCUUCAUGUUAACAACCUGGAAACGCUAGAACAGCCAUUAGGCGUCAGCAUGUUGACUUCCGCCAAUCAUCACAGCCGGCCAUUCCUUGGGCACCAAAGUAGGUUUGCCUUAUAACACUAACUGGCCACAUUUAUUACUAAAUAAAGCUAGUCUCAUGGCACUGCCUCUGAAA